ACCAUCCAUUCAUCUCUUUUCAGAACAGGGACAUUCCCGCCUCCUAAUCAAGGAAAAAACACAGAAAAUUAAACAGCUGAAGCAGCUCAGUCCUUUACCCACAGGUCUUUAUAAAAACAAGAUGAAGUUACUUUUGUUGUUUCUCUUCUGUCAUGUUUCAUCUCCAGUGAAACACUCCCUGGAGUACUUGUUAACUACGUCUUCUGGAGUUCCAGACUUCCCAGACUUUGUGGGUACUGCAGUGGUUGAUGACAUUUUGGUGGCAAACUGCAACACCAAUGAAAAGAUAAUAGAACCGAAACAGGACUGGAUGAAAAAAAUCUUUCAACAUUUUCCUGAGUACAUGGAGGAGUACACUCAAAUGUGUCUUGUGAAUCUGCCAUACGGGUUUAAAACUACGAUCUUCCGUUUGAAGCAGGACUUGAACCAAACUGGAGGUAUUCACACCUUGCAGGAGAGGAUAGGCUGUGAGUGGGACGAUGAGACUGGAGAGGUUAAUGGUUUUAAUCAGUAUGGUUAUGAUGGAGAAGACUUAAUGUCAUUCGACCUGAAGACACUGACAUGGAUUGCUGCGAAACCACAGGCUGUCAUCACUAAAAUUACAUGGGAUGCCUCCAGAUAUGUAGUUUUAGAUGUGGAUGGGAUUUAUGUCACUCAGAUAUGCCCAUUUUUUCUGAAGGUAUAUGUAUCCUAUGGCAACAGCGUUCUGCUGAGAACAGACCUUCCCUCAGUGUCUCUCCUCCAGAAGUCUCCCUCCUCUCUAGUCAGCUGCCACGCUACAGGUUUCUACCCUGACAGAGCCAUGAUGUUCUGGAGGAAAGAUGGAGAGGAGAUUCAUGAGGACGUGGACAUCGGAGAGAUCCUCCCCAACCAUGAUGGAUCCUUCCAGAUGAGUGUUGACCUGAACCUUUCAUCAGUCCCACCUGAAGACUGGAGGAGCUACGACUGUGUGUUUCAUCUCUCUGGUGUGAAAGAUGACAUCAUCACCAAACUGGACAAAGCAGUGAUCAGGACCAACUUGGUUUCUCCCUCACAGUUUCCUGCUGGUCCUGUUAUUGGAGUUGUUGUAGGACUGCUGCUGCUGCUGGCACUCUGCAUCACUGGACUCUUCCUCUGGAGAAGGAACCAUCAUGGAUUCAGACCUGCAAACAACUCUUCAUCUCAGUUGGACAACACUUUAGCCCUAACUGAUGACAACUCCCAGUGAAAAGGGGAGGACUCCAAUGAAGUUACUGUGGCUGUGAAGUGUCUGCAGACUCUCUCUGAAACAUUUAUUAGUCUUGGGCCUUAUCUGGUUUAUAUCAUUAGGGACCAGGCCGUUAUCUGUCUUUGAUGGUGAUCAGUAAGAAGUCCAGCCCUUUAGUUGUCACAUCAUGGACUUCUGUUUGAUGCUUCCACUCUUGAAACACACUAAUGAAGACCGUGCAGUGAACCCCACCUGUAAACUCUUAGUAUUCUCCUAAUUCUCAGUGCUUGCAUAUUAAUCAAAGAAUGUCUUAGACCCAACACACGUAUCACUGAACUGUAUGUACAAUGUAGAACUGCUGGGAUAUGUGUACACACAUAUAUCUUUAUAUUCUCUCAGAUAAUGUUACAUUUUGUGUCGCUAUUGUUUUUGGUGUUUUCUGUGUGUGUGUGUGUGUGUGUGUGUCUUGCAUCCCUCUUGUUAAUACAGACAUGAUUCA